GUUUUGGGUUUGGCUUGGGGUCAGUCUUGGUGUCGACGUUGGUUUGUAGGGAUAGAAUGACAUAUUUUGUAAUUUUCAUUUCUGUUGAUGACAUAUCUUUAAUCGGUAGAUAGACUAAUAUCAUAUGAUAUGACCAACUCACCAAGAUUAACCAUUUGAUCUCUGCAUAUGUCACUUUAUCUCAAAAUGGGAAAAUAAAUUUUCACUGAUAAACUCGUGUGGGUUAAAUCGUAGACAGGAUUUCAAAUACAGUGAUUCUACUCAUACUCUGAUGCCUGAUGGUAUUUGGACCUCCUUCAGUUAUAUGAUGAUUAGUCUUCUACCAAAAAAUAGCAGUUUUUGUUCCAUCAAAACAUAACGAAACAACGCUCAAAGCGAGCAGCGGUUUUUGUUGGAUUGGCAAAGCUCUCACUCGUCUAGGAAAUCAGUUAGAGGUUUCAGCAUUGUUCUUCCCAACAAAGCACUUGUUGAAUCGAGUCUGACGAUGACGCGCAGAAUGUCGUAUUGCAGCGUCAACAGCACUAGAGGUAUACUUUCUUCCCUUCGCUCUACUGCUCGUGUUGCUUCCAUCUACAAUUUCAUGGCUUUGUUUCAUUCUCAUUCCUCAAACCCAACCACACCUACAGAAACCCAUUUAGAGAGGCUUGUGAGAAAACCUCCCUUACAGGAGUUCAAGCCAAGAGUGAGUAAUGUUGAGGAUGCCGUGAAGGUGUUCGAUGAAAUGCUUCAAAAGCGUCCUCUGCCUUCUUCGGUUAUCCCUUUCAAUCAAAUCUCCACCUUCAAUGUCUUGGUUGAUGCACUUUGUAAGGAGGGUAUGGUCGUAGAAGCCAAAAGUGUGGUUGAGAUGAUGAUUCAAAGAGGAACUGAACCUGACACUAUUACAUACAGUUCCCUUAUGGUUGGUUACUGUUUGCGAGAAGAGAUGGAGGAGGCAAAAAAUGUUUUUGAUCUAAUGGUUAGCAAGGGCUCCAUGGUUAAUGUUCGGAGUUGUAACAUAUUGAUAAACGGGUAUUGUAAGCACAAAAAGAUUGAUGAGGCCAAUAAGGUUUUUCAGGAAAGGCUUCCAAUGGAACUUGUUCCCGAUACCAUUACUUAUAACACUCUUAUCGAUGGUUUUUACAAAGCAGGGAGAAUACAAGAGGCAGAAAAUUUGUUGUCUGAGAUGCAAGGUCGCGGCCAACUUCCAGAUCUUCAAACUUAUAAUAUUAUACUUGAUGGCCUGUGUAAUAACCAACAACUUUCUACAGCACUAGAAUUGCUUAGAGAGAGAGAAGGCAGCAAGUUGGAACUAGAUAUUGUAGCUUACAAUAUUAUCAUUGAAGGUUUGUGCAAAGCUGGGAAAAUGGAUUCUGCAACAGAGGUCUUCUCUGGUUUGUCAUCAAAAGUAGUUCAGCCUAAUGUGAGGACAUACAAUAUUAUGAUUUAUGGAUUUUGUAAAGGAUGCUUAUUACGUGAAGCAGAAGAUCUGCUUAGAGGAAUGGAAAAGAAAGGCUGUUCUCCUAAUGGCUGGACAUAUAACACAAUUAUCCGAGGGUUGAUCAAUAACAAUGAGACAUCAUGGGCUAUGGGACUAAUUCAAGAAAUGGUUGAGAAGGGUUUCUCUGCAGAUGCAUCAACUAUGGAAUUGAUAAUUGGUUUAUUGUCUAAGGAUAUAGUAGAUCCUGCUUUGUUGCUGUUGUUAAAAGAUUCAUGAUAAACUUGAUUUGAUUGUUUGAAACAGAACUUUCUAGUAUGAGUAGGAAACAUGAGACUUCUGCAUUUUGACAACCUUGGAUCUACUGCGUACGUUAUUUAUUAAUUCAUCAUUUGAAUGCCCAAUGCCAUUUCCUGUAUCAGAUAGCACUUUUAGCAUUGUCAUAACCUCAUCUAUAUAUCUUGGAACUUUCAAUGAUAUUGACUAAUUCCAGCUAGAUUGAUAAACUGCUAGUUAUAUGGUGCUACUCACUACUUGAUAUGAUUUAUCAAUAUGUAGAUUUGACCUAUUUGGGAAAUAAGCUAAUUGAUUGUUGUACAUUGUGUUUAUGGUGAUCUUUAUCUUGGAUGUAGCAGUACUGCAGUAGUCAUAGAAAUUUUGAAUAGUAGGAUGUAUUUUCAUUUUCUUUUGUUUGUUCUUUUUGGUCUGAAUAAUGUAAUUUUAGAAUUUUCUCUGGCUUUGGUGGUUUACCUGGAUAUUAUACUAAAAAACAUAUUUACCGUAUUAUGAUAUCUGUCAUGUAUAUUCACAUUGGGAGCUCAGUUACAUACCAUCGCUCAUCCUCUAUAAUUUUAUUUGUCAUUUAAUUAUUUAUGAUUUACUGGGCGCAAAAGCAUUUCUCAGCGAGUAAAAGAUGCCUUAUUUAAGUAGAAGAACCUCGGUGAAUCAUUGAACCGGAACUGGAAAGUAACAGUACUGAGUUGGAUGAGCAAGUGAUUUGAGUUAGUUACAGAGUUAUCCAUGCUGCAGUGAGGUUCUGACAGAAACCUGGACAGACAGAACAGUUUGAGGGGCCACAAGAC